AUGGCCUCCUCAGACCAGGAACUGAAGUGGAAAAUCCCCGAAAAGCGAGACUUCCUCGGCGGCGACCUCGUCGCUCAGAGUCUGGCCCAGCUGGGCGUCGAGGUCUCGUUUGGCCUCCACGGUGGCCACCUCGAUGCCUUCUUGAUCGGUUGCCAACUGGCUGGCAUCAGGCUCAUCGACAGUCGACACGAAGCCACGGCCGUCCAGGCGGCAGAGGGAUAUGCCAAACUCUCGGGCAAGGUGGGAUGCUGCUUCGUCACUGCCAACAGCGGGUUCUGCAACUCUCUCCCAGGCCUGGCCACGGCCUUUGCGGACCGAUCGCCCAUCUUCAUGGUCACGUCGUCGCCGCCGCUGCGCGACGCAGAGACGAACUGCCUGCAGGGGUUCCACGACCAGGUGAUCCUGGCCAAGCCGCUGACCAAGUUCGCGCACCGAGUGACGACCGUGGAGGAGAUCCCGCGCAUCGUGAGCUACGCGUACAAGACGGCCAUGUCGGGCAUCCCCGGCCCCGUGGUGGUCGACUUCCCCAUCGACGUGCUGUUCCACCCACCGAGAAUGAGCGCCCUGGCCUACGGCUCCGUCAUGCGCCCGACCGCGGUAUCCCCGGCACCCGACCCAGCGGCUCUCGACGAGCUGAUCUCGCUCUGGAAGGCAGCAAGUCGCCCAGCCAUCAUCGUGGGCACAGGCGCCGCCCGGACCACGAACCGCGAUUCCCCCAAGGCAAGCCCUCUGCUCAAGCUCGCUGAAGCGACAAACACCCCGGUCUUCUACUCGCAAAAGUACACCCCGGCCAUCCCCUUCGACCACCCGCUCCGGGGUGGCAACUCCGGCACGCUGGCCCGCGUACGCUUCGCGAAGCAGCAAGCCGCGGACUUUGUGCUACUGCUAGGCGCACGCACGGGGUUCUUGCUCGCAGGCCGCUCGGGCGCCAUCAUCCCGAACUCGGGCUGCAAGCUCGUCCAGGUCGACCUGGACGGCGGGGAGAUCGGCAAGUCGCACGCCGUGGACCUGGGGAUCGUGUCGGACGCCAACAAGUUCAUCAGCGCGCUGCUGAACAAGUUGCACGCCCAAAACAACCCAGUCAGCGGCCACGACGCCUGGAUCCAGGACAUCCAUGCCGUCAAGGGCAUGACGUCGCAGUACACUGGCGACGCGGUCGUGCGGCCCGACGGCCGCCUGCACCCGUACUUUGCGAUGCAGGCGAUCAUGGAGUCUGUGCCGGCGGACUCGAUCGUCAUCAUGGACGGCGGCGAGGCCGGUGUGUGGGCAAUGGACCACCUUGAGCGCGCACGCCCGGCCACGGGUAUCGUGUCGACGGGAUACCUGGGCUUCCUGGGCAACGGAUGGGGAUACUCGAUGGGCGCUGCACUCGCCUGCCCAGACCGGCUGAUCGUCAAUAUCCACGGCGACGGGUCCGCGGGCUUCCACAUCCAGGAACUCGACACAUACGCGCGGCACAACCUCAACAUCGUGACCGUCGUCUUCAAUAACUUUUUCUGGGGCAUGUCCGUAGCGGGCCAGGACCUGCUGUACUCUGACGCCGACCCCACGCGCGCCGUCUCCUCCCUCUCGCCGUCGUGCCGCUACGACGUCGUCGCCCAGGGCUUCAACUGCCGCGGCGCCAUCGCCCAGGCCUCGCUCGACGAGGUCCGCCAGCACCUCGCGAAGCUGACCUCCGGCGAAAGGCGGCCCGGCCUGCUCAACUGCAUCGUCUCGCGCGACCCCAUAACAGAGGUCACAAAGGGCAUGGUCGGCAAGACAGACGACAAGGACUGGAUCGUCGUGCCUUACUACGACAAUGUGCCCAGGCCGUUUUAUCGCGAGCAAGGCGACAAGAAUGGUGUUGCGAACGGGCACUGA